AUGCGCCGCUCUGCAUUGCGGGCCAUCGAGUCCACGAAGCCCAUCACACGAGCUCCUCGCUCCGUGUCAAGAACCUUUGCUACCCUCAAUGACUCGGCCAAGGACCCUGCCGAGCUUGACCAGAUUACCACACUCCCGAAUGGAAUUCGUGUCGCCACAGAAUCAUUACCGGGGCCGUUCGCGGGAGUCGGAGUUUACGUCGACGCCGGAUCUCGUUAUGAGGAUGCAAGCCUACGUGGUGUCAGUCACAUUAUGGACCGUCUCGCCUUUAAAUCGACUAAAUCGCACACCGGAGAUGAAAUGCUGGAAGUUCUCGAAUCCCUAGGCGGCAACAUCCAAUGCGCUUCAUCUCGCGAGUCUCUGAUGUACCAGUCCGCCAGUUUCAAUUCGGCGGUCCCUACGACCCUCGGUCUGCUGGCGGAGACGAUCCGGGAUCCUCUCAUUACUGAGGAGGAGGUGCUCCAACAACUCGCGACGGCCGAGUAUGAGAUUGGUGAGAUCUGGGCGAAGCCAGAACUGAUCCUGCCGGAGCUGGUCCACAUGACUGCCUACAAGGAUAACACCCUCGGCAACCCGCUGCUGUGCCCCAGUGAGAGGCUGGGCGAGAUUAACAAGGCGGUGGUUGAGCGAUACCGAGAGGUUUUCUUCAACCCGGGCCGUAUGGUCGUCGCCUUUGCCGGCGUGCCCCACGCCGAGGCCGUCAAGCUCACCGAGCAGUACUUUGGAGAUAUGCAGACGAGAGAUAUAAGCAAGGGCCCCGUUCUAUCAGGUGCAGGAAUUGAAACAACGUUGUCGGAUUCCCACUCUGUUGCCAGAGAGGGCCAGGUUCCAACUGUUCCUCACUUCACUCCCUCAUCGACGACAACCAGCCCAGCCGCUUCGCAACAAACACAAUCGUCGCUCCUUUCGAAGCUGCCCUUUCUCAAGAACCUCUCGUCUGCAAAUAAGAGGGCUACCGUCGAGCCCCUACACCCGUCCUUGAUUGAGCCUUCGGCCUUGGAUCUCCAUCGUCCCGCUCACUACACCGGUGGUUUUACUGCUCUUCCUCCGAUCCCGCCGCCCGCGAACCCUAUGCUGCCCCGGCUGAGCCACAUCCACCUUGCCUUCGAGGCCCUCCCUAUCUCCUCUCCCGAUAUCUACGCCCUGGCUACUCUUCAGACCCUCCUUGGUGGUGGUGGCUCCUUUUCUGCCGGUGGUCCUGGUAAGGGCAUGUACUCGCGCCUCUACACCAAUGUCCUGAACCAGCACGGCUGGGUCGAAAGCUGCGUGGCCUUCAAUCACAGCUACACCGACAGCGGCAUCUUCGGUAUCUCCGCCUCAUGCAGUCCUACCCGGACGACCGAGAUGCUCGAGGUCAUGUGCCGCGAGUUGCAGUCCCUGACCCUGGACACUGGCUAUACUCAACUGCAGACGCAGGAGGUUAACCGGGCGAAGAACCAGCUCCGGUCCUCGCUGCUGAUGAACCUCGAGUCCCGCAUGGUGGAACUCGAGGACCUCGGCCGCCAGGUGCAGGUGCACGGCCGCAAGGUCGGCGUGCGGGAGAUGUGCGAUCAGAUCGAUGCCCUAACUGUUGAGGAUCUGCGUCGCGUGGCUCGCCAGGUCUUUGGCGGCCAGGUCCAGAACAAUGGCAAUGGCACUGGUAAGCCCACCGUUGUGCUCCAAGAGGGCGAGCUUGAGGGAUAUAAGCUCCGGUCUUUCCCAUGGGAGGAGAUUCAAGAGCGCAUUGCGCGGUGGAAGCUUGGUCGACGAUAA